UAAAUGUUCAACUUAGUCGCAGGUGUAUCGGCACCCAGGACGGAUCGUUUCAUUGCGAUCUAUCGGCUGGCUAGCAGGUGUUGGCCGAGUGUGUGAUAGUGUGCUGUUGUUUGAAUUGGUGCAGAAAGCCUUUAUUGCUGGAAUUUUGGUGUUUGAGCUGCCACAGGAUGCGAGCGACACCGCGCAACUCGAACGGAGUUGCAAAUCCGGGCUACAGCCGUGAUGGUAACGAAACGCCGGAAAGGACCGGUGGCCGGCGGUCGAGAUCGAAAAUAUCGCAGGUCAUUGUGGCCCGGCCCCACUACCAGCAGGAGGAUCUGAACAAUGCCUUCAACUACUUCAAACCCAAGUCCAACUUUUACCAGGAAGCGAUGGAGAAUAUGCGCGAGAUGGACACAAAGACGUGCCUGACGGGGCUGUUUCCAAUUUUUCGCUGGCUGCCGGAAUACUCCUUUCCCAGCGAUUUUAUUGGCGAUCUGAUCAGUGGCCUAACCGUCGGUGUGAUGCACAUCCCGCAGGGGAUGGGCUAUGCGCUAAUCGCUAACAUGCCACCGAUCACCGGUAUCUAUACGGCGUUCUUUCCCGUCUUCAUCUACUUCCUGCUCGGUACAUCGAGACACAAUUCCAUGGGUACACUGGCGGUGGUGUCGAUCAUGACCGGUAAGGUGGUUUACAACCAUUCCGGCGAGGGUUCGAACUAUACCAACCUGGAGGUCGGAACUGCGCUGUGUUUUUUGGUUGGCAUAAUACAGCUUGUAAUGUGUCUGCUCAGGAUGGGUGCAGCGUCUUUUCUGCUGUCCGAAGCGUUAGUAUCGGGAUUCACUACAGGGGCCGCCGUUUACGUGUUUACGUCGCAAAUGAAGGACAUUCUGGGUGUUACCCUUCCACCGCUGGGCAGCAGGUUCGAGAUUGUCCACACCUAUUACGAGCUUGGGAAACGGAUACCGGAUACGAAUCUGGUGAACUUGGGCGUAGCCAUCGUGGCGAUCAUCGUGCUGUUGAUCAACAACGAAAUCAUUAAGCCACGUCUAGCCAAAGUGUGCAUCAUUCCGAUUCCGAUCCAGCUAAUACUCGUAGUCAGUGGCACUCUGCUCUCCAUUCAGUUUAAUCUAAAGGACAACUAUGGGCUAAAGGUAGUUGGGUCCAUCCCUCAAGGGCUGCCAGCUCCCACCGUUCCCAACUUCAACAUAAUACCGGAAAUUCUCAUGGAAAGUAUCACGGUGGCCAUCGUCGGGUACACCGUGUCCGUAUCGUUGGGGAUCAUCUUCGCCAAGAAGGAAAACUACGAAAUCGGCUUCAACCAGGAACUGCUGGCACUCGGUGCGGGCAACGUGUUUGGAUCGUUCUUCUCGUGCUAUCCGUUCGCCGCCUCACUGUCCCGUGCCGCCAUCCAGUAUUUGGCCGGUGGAAAAACACAAAUCACGGGGCUCGUUUCGUGCAGCUUGCUGGCGGUCGUGCUGCUGUUUGUGGCGUCAUUUUUCCAACCACUACCCCGCUGCAUUCUGGCCAGUAUUAUUGCCGUUUCCGUGCAAGGGCUGUUGAUGCAGGCGAAGGAUCUGCCCAAGUUCUGGCGGCAGGGAUUCUUCGAUGGCGUUACCUGGGUGCUUACGUUCGUGUCGGUGGUGUUCAUCUCGAUCGACGUCGGUCUGCUGGUUGGCUUUGCGCUGAGCGUUUCGAGUAUCUUUUUCCGCGCGCUUAAACCGUACAUGUGCCAGCUGGGGAAUGUGCCCAACUCGGACGUGUACUUGGACAUUACGCGCUACGAAGGGCUGAUCGAACAUCGGGGCAUCAAGAUCAUACAUUACAGCGGAGGACUACACUUUGCUUCGCGGGCCGUGUUCAAAAGCAACAUCUGCCAGUUUCUCAACAUCAACAUUACGGAAGAGACGAAACGGCGCAAGGCGCCCGGGUUCGUCGAGGCGGACGAUGCCAUCAAGUACCUCAUCCUGGACUUUACUGCCCUCAGCUACAUCGACCCGUCCGCCAUCUCCACGUUCAAGACGUUCGUCAGGGAUUUGGAGGUGAUCGAUGUGCAAACGCUGCUGGCCGGCUGCUCACCGUUGGUGUUUGAAAAGAUGAAGAAAUGCAACUUUAUCGGUGUGGAGGAAAACUAUGUGCGCACGUACCCUACCGUGCACGAUGCCGUGCACUACGCCCAAAAGCAGCUGAGAUUGCGUGCUGGGGUGGCGCAAACGAUUCAGGAGGUACGGUUGUAAAUGUUUUACCACGAUUCAUUUGCCAAUGUUUUGUAGAUAUAGUGCAGCAUCAGGUUUUUAGCGAAUCUAGCAUAAUACAGUUGUUAUUCAUAGGAAGAUUCAUAGGCUUUGUGGAUGAAAUUUGCAGUCAAUGGAAUAAAGAAACAACAUUCUUAGCCAUCAUGCUCGAUUGAAA